CCACAGACUGCAGCGCGCAUGCGCACCACGUUGCCAAGGGAAUCGCGAAGGCGGGUACGCGACACGGUCGGUCGCGCGCACGCACGCACCUGUUCGUACCUGAAGAGGAUAUUAAAAAUAAAAACAUGUCAGGCUUCGACAGCAAUCCUUUCGCCUAUCCUGUGGAGGUGAAUCCUUUCCAGGAUCCCUCAGUGACCCAGGUGACUAGCACAGGGAGAGAUGGUAUAGAGGAGUACAACCCUUUCUCAGCCAGGAACCAGGAUAAUGGAAAUACCGUACCUUUCUCAGCUGGAUCUCCCGCUGUUCUGCAGCCCACACUGGACCCCACUCCUCAGACCACGGCGGCGGCCGCGCAGGCCACGCUCCUCAAACAGCAGGAGGAAUUGGAGAAGAAAGCAGCCGAGCUCGAGCGCAAGGAGCAGGAACUUCGGAACCGAGACGCAGGCAGGGGUAAAGAAAACAACUGGCCUCCGCUGCCGAGGUUUUUCCCCAUAAAGCCGUGCUUCUAUCAGGAUUUUAAUGAGGAAAUCCCACUGGAAUUCCAAAGGGUCUGCAAGAUGAUGUACUACCUGUGGAUGUAUCACUGUGUGACGCUCUUCUUGAACGUGCUGGCGUGUUUGACCUACUUCGUCGUAAAUGGUGAGGGCGGCGUCGACUUCGGCCUCUCCAUCCUCUGGUUUAUUCUCUUCAGCCCCGUUGCUUUCACGUGCUGGUACCGGCCUGUUUAUAAAGCCUUCAGGUCCGACAGCUCCUUCAAUUUCUUCUUUUUCUUCUUCAUCUUCGCUUUCCAAGUGGUGGUGUACAUCAUUCAGUGUGUUGGCAUCCCCAGGUGGGGAAACAGUGGUUGGAUCUUGGCCAUCUCCAUGCUGAAAAGCGAACUCGCAGUCGCUGUGUUCAUGUUGGUCGUGGCCGGAUUCUUCACAGUCAACGCAGUGCUCGCAGUCAUCUUACUCAAAAUGGUCCACGGCAUGUACAGGAGAACAGGUGCGAGUUUCCAGAAGGCGCAGCAGGAGUUGUCUGAGGGCGUCGUCACCAGCAGAACGUUCCAGACCGCCGCGGCCACCGCCGCCUCCUCGGCUGCUGGCGGGGCCUUUCAGUAACGCAGUGCAUUCUGAACUGUCCAUCACUCAUCCACAAAACAUCACCCCUCCUGUGUGUUUAAGACACUCGUCUGCUUCGGCUCCUGAAGGAACACACUGAUACGCUUUCUGAAGGAAUGUUCUGUAGGGAUACGGUAGAGGUCAGUAGUGAGCAAAACCUGUAUCAGAUCUUUUUUUUUUUUUUUUUUUUUUUUUUUUUUUUUUUUUUAAAUUAACGCUUAAUUUAAAUUCAUUUUUAGUUAACGCAGAUGAACAAUUCCUGAUUUUCUUGGUUAUCCAUUUUAAAUGAUUUAAAGCUUUUUUCCCCUCUACCAGUGAAACCAAUUAUUGGUGGACAAUAUGAUGAAAAUGUCCGAUCACGAUUCGCAGUGAAAUUUCUACGAUACACGAUAUGCAUCAGGAUAUAUAGUUUUGCUAACCGAAGACUAGCCAAACAGUAAUGUAGCAUUUUUAAAGGGAUACUUAAUGUCUACAAAAAUGUAUCGAUUCGUAAUUUUUAUAUCAAAAAUGAAAAUAACGUUUUCAUUUCAUUCUCCUUAAAAAAAACAAAUACAAACUAUUUAACAUAUUAAAAAUGAGAAUUUUUUUAAAUAUAUUUUUUUUUUUUACAUUUUGCAGUUUUAAAGAUUAAUUACAAGAUACAUCACAUAAGCUGCUUCCAGUCACAUCAUAAUUAUUUUAAAAAACACUAUCUCAGAAAAGCAUAUUGUGACAUAAUUUAUUAUGAUACAAUGUCAUCGUAUCGCCCAGCCCUUGUAUCGUUUAUGGCAUUUAGCCAGAGUGACUUAGUAGUCUCUAUCAAAAACUCAUCCUCAUGACACUAGAUCAGACCCCGUGUGAAGAAAACAUCCGAGUUUGUAGAAAAAAAGACACCUGUAAAAAUACCCACCCAUCAGCCAUCUCUCCUCUAUCACACAACAGCUGUCUGCCCUCUUCUACAUACAUGAGCUCACAGAUACGUACAGUUUGCUAGUGUCGCUCUGAUUGACAGGGGAGAGUACGCCUUCCCUUCGACCCAGAAAGCACUGCUAAUUUUGCUGUCUAGACUCUCGUCCACGUUUGGCUGUGGCAUUGUUAGGAUUCAAACUCGUGAUCUCGCCUGACGCUUUUCUCUUACGCCAUUUCAGGGGAUCCUAACACUGAUGAUCUGACAGUGGUUUUGUAUAAAAAUGUUAGACUCCAUACAGAGAACUAAUCCUGUCCCGACACUGGCAGCUUGGUGGUGCUGGGAUUUGACUUCAUGACCAUCAGAAGUCCAAUGUCUUAACCACCCCUAGGGCUUACAAUAAAUCUUGAAGGAUUUAUUCAAGUAAAUAAAAAUGUUGGCAAAAAAAAACAAAAAAAACCCCGAACAAAACGUGCACACUGUUACAGAAAUCUUUAAGUUCAUUCGUUUUUUACAUUGGUGUGCGUGUACGUGAUGAAAUACAUGCAUGGGAACAUUGUGUAUGUGUGGUGAAGGUAAAUAGUGAUAAAACAGGGCAUGAUGUGCAGGUAAAGCUACUUCUAUGCAAUACAAACUGACGUGUUUCAGCUUCUUUUUCUCAUGCGUCAGUGGAAACACUGACUAUGUUACUAUACAGUUAGCUGAAAACUGUGAUACACAGACGCUGGAGAGACCAUUGCUUUGGUACGGCGUGAAUUUAGAUCUCAUUAAUGUGGGAUUUCGCUUUUCCAUGUUUGCUACAUUUUCCCCUUGUUUUGUCGUCAUGUUAUAGACGUUCAAUUCUGAUCAUGAGUGUCUUUUUUUUUCCCAGUGUUCUCCAAUUAUUAUUAUUAUCGAACAAACUCAUAUAUUUGAAUGCUUCCGACGUGGAAUGGGAUAUUUUUUGUACAGAUAUUAUUUAAGCUAUUUGAAAUCCUCGUCAUUUUCCUGAUUAUGUGGAUGUGGAGUUUAUUGUGUAGUGAAAUAUUUUAUCAUCUCUUUAAUUGGGUGUAAAAUAAAAGUGGUUUAUAUUUUA